GAGGGCGUUGCCGAACUGGGCACAAUCUUGGAACACGAGCAGAUGGAUUUCAGCAGUUCAUCACACACCCCCACCCCCGCACCAAUUGCCGCCUCUCUACUGCCCCCGGCUGCCAUUGCAACCGCCCCCGUGCAAGCAAGACCCACCACCCCCGACUACUUUGAAAAUCUGCAUGCGCUGCCCAGGAAUGAACUGCUAGACCAGCACAAGACAACUCGCGAGGAGAAGAAGCGUUUGCGCCGACAGCUGCACGAAUUUGAGGAUGAACUGGAGAGCAAGAUGGGACGCAAACUGCAGCGAGAGGACAGACAGCCAAUGGACGCCCUGUACACGCAGUACAAACAUGUCAAGGCCAAGUUGAGGCUCAUCGAGGCAUUGAUCACCAAGAAGUAGACAGGUUAGAAGGAGUUACGGUGAUAUAACUGGUGAAGUAGACUGGUUAGAAGCAGUACAGUGCAAUUGGUGAAGUAGACUGGUUAGAAGGAGUACGGUGAUAUAACUGGAGAAGUAGACUGGUUAGAAGGAGUACGGUGAUAUAACUGGAGAAGUAGACUGGUUAGAAGCAGUACGGUGGUAUAACUGGUAAAGUAGACUGGCUAGAAUGAGUACAGUGGUGUAACUGGUGAAGAAGACUGGUUAGAAGCAGUAUAGUUGAUGUAAUGAGUUGUAUAACUAAUGAAGUAGACAGACUAGAAGGAGUACAAUAACUGGUGAAGUUUAACUUGAUGAAGAAAAUCUAAAGAAAGAAAUACCUCUGUGAAGGCAUAGUAUGAGGAAUUGGUUAGUCGCAUACAGUGAUGUGACUAAACGCAGUUUGUUUAAACCUGGUUUGGAGUUGGAGUUUGAUUCAAAUUGAAGAAACUGAAGUAAGAUAUACCUCUGUGAAGGCGGAGUUAUGAGGAUGGUUAGUCGUAUACAGUGAUGUGACUAAACGCGGUUUGUUUGAAUUGAGUUGAUCUGAGCUAGAGUUAGAGUUUCAUACACCUUCAUCAACUACAUCUAAAGAGUGUUAGACCCUGUAAAGUGAAGUUAUGAGGAAUGGUUAGUCGUUUACAGUGAUAUGACUAACGCAGUUUGUUUGAAUUGAGUUAAACUUAGCUUAGAGUUGGAGUUUCAUCCACUUCAUCAACUACAUCUAAGGAGCGUUAGAUCUUGUAACGGUGAAGCUAUGAGGAUGGUUAGUCGUUUACAGUGAUAUGACUAAACGCAGUUUGUUUGAAUUGAGUUGAUCUGAGCUUAGAGUUAGAGUUUCAUACACCUUAAUCAACUACAGCUAAAGAGCGUUAGACCUCUGUAAAGGUGAAGCUAUGAGGAAUGGUUAGUCGUAUACAGUGAUGUGACUAAACGCAGUUUGUUUGAAUUGAGUUAAACUGAGCUUAGAGUUGGAGUUUCAUCCACCUUGAUGAACUACAUCUAAGGAGCGUUAGAUCUUGUAAAGAGAUCUUGGAGCUAUGAGGAAUGGUUAGUCGUAGUUUGAAUUGAGUUGAACUAAGUUUGGAGUUGAAGUUUGAUUCAAAUUGAAGAAAACAAACUAGAGUUGUAGCUCUGUCAAGCUGGUGUAUGGUAGAGGAGUUAGUUAAGAUGAACUGUUGAAUGAACUAGAACCCGUCACUGAAACUGUAUAGUAAAACCUUGUUGACGUCCCUGAAGACCACUUGUUAGAUGUGUUCUGGGCUUGACUAGAUGUAAAAAUUAUUAAAAAGAUGAAUAAAGAAGAUUGAGAGAAAGAAGUACCUGUAGAUUGAUUGGCAGGUUUUGUUUGAUCACCAAAAUGUGGGAGCUAUAAGGAAAUGUAUUUGUAAUUGCUGAUUGAAACGGCUAAUACUGUAGUAGGUUUCAAAGCCAAAUUAAGGAGAAUAUGGAAAAAUUCAAUCAAUGUCAUAUUGGUGUGAUGUAAACUGGACUUGACUUACAACAAAUCAAGUUUCGACGUAGAAUGAAGGGGAAUGUUAAGAACAAAUUGGAAAAAGUAUAGGCUAGAAGGACUGUAAUAGUAUUUAGUCGUAUUGUUGAGAUGUGAACUAAACGUCAUUAAAUAUAGGUUGAAAUUCCCGCAAGAGACUCCCCACCAA